CAUCUAUAUUAUUCAUUCAUCAGACAAAAUCUCACAGUGCCCGUGCGUAUGUGCACCUACUUUGACAAUUGUCGCACGCAAAUCAAGCCAGCUGUGUCCGGAACUUGGGUAACUCUGUUUAUUCACGAUGUCUACGAGUUUUUGAUGCCAAACGAUCGUCGCACGGUGAGCAUCAACAUGGACACCAAAAACUCUUACGAGAUUACGCUGAUCCUCAACUCCUUUUCGGCCGAGACGGAUGUGCGGAAUGUGCCCAUCGCCUAUCGCAAGUGCCGAUAUAUCGACGAAAACAAUCUCAAGUACUACGCACCCUAUCAUCCCAGUUUGUGCCGCAUGGAGUGUCGCAUCGAUCGAGCCCUGGAUCUGUGCGACUGCAAACCCUUUUUCUAUGUGGAAGGUCCCAAGGAUCGCGUUUGCACUAUAAAGCAAAUGGUGUGCCUGGCGCGUAAGAGGUGGCUGGAGCAGCCCUGCGAUUGCAUGCCCCUCUGCAAGGAGGUCAGCUUUACUGUUACCGAGAAAAAGGAAAUAAAUGGCGUUAGUGGCUUUGAGGGCACUAUUGUCCUCACUCAACAACUCCCAAAGAUGGGCAUCAAGCGUCGCGUUGUGUUCAGCAUGGAUCAGCUGCUCAUGUCGAUUGGAGGUGCCAUAGGCCUCUUUCUAGGUGCCAGCUUUAUGACUAUAUACGGCUUGAGCUACCUACUCAUGUAUUAUCUGGUUGUCAAAUGCAAAUAUCGACCGAAGCUCAAGCGGGAUCAGAAUACGUCCAUCAAAAUUGCCUAGCGAUGCGAAUGUACAAAUAAAUUACAAAUCUCUUAAAGCUUCCUUCCCGAACUAUUACAGGCAACUACAGGCUGUCUUUUAUACCUUUAGGGCUUGCGGGUUUUCUUCCAUUUUCAUAAAA